AUGCAUCUCCUCUCCGAACCAGAUGUCUCCCGCAUUCUGCGAAAUCUCUCAAAAGAACAAUGCCAUGACCUACUGGACGCCUUGAGCGAGUCCCUAGUGACCGUCUCAGCGGAAUCCUCCCGCCCAGACGCAGACCGACUCAUCCACCAACCGCUCCGCACCACCAUCACCACCAAGGACCAGAAUCUCUCCCUCUUCAUGCCCGUGUCAAACACAGCCAGCACGGGCAUCAAGAUCGUCACAGCCUCCCAGCGCCAAGGCAUCGUCGGCGUGAUCAACAUCUUCUCGCCGGAGGGCCGGCUGCUCGGCCUCCUCAGCGCCGCAGAAGUCACAGCCUUCCGCACCGCCCUCGCAACCAUGACGCUGUUCACCCGCUGCACGGCCCUCACGAAGCACAACAUCGUGAUCUUCGGCUCCGGCCGCCAGGCAGAGUGGCACGCGCGGCUCGCGCUGCUCCUCGAGCCCAAGCACAUCCGGCGCAUCACCUUCGUCAACCGCGGGCGAAGCAGGCUAGCGGAGAUGGAGCGCAGCGUUAUCGCAGACCUACGCGCUUCGUAUCCAGACAUUGAGCUCCACACGCUCGUCAAGGAGGAGAACCCGGCGUAUGAGGAGACGCUGCGCGCAGCGCUUGCGGCAUGCGACGCCGUCUUCAGCUGCACGCCGUCUACGGAGCCGAACUUCCCGUACGCGUAUCUGACUGCCGCCCCGAGACGGCGGUUCUUCUCGCUCAUCGGCUCGUAUAAACCGCACAUGCGGGAGGUGGAUACGCAGACUGUCCUCUCGGGCGGGGGCAAGAUCUACGUGGAUUCGCGAGAGGCUUGUCUGGAGGAGUCUGGGGAACUGAUCACUGCGCAGGUGCAGGGGGAGCAGUUGGUGGAGAUUGGAGAGUUGUAUGGGCGGCUGGGGAGGUCGGAGGCCAUUGUGGUGCCUGAGGGGUGUAAUGUGAUGUUCAAGUGUGUGGGGAUGGGGAUUAUGGAUUUGGUGAUUGGGAAGAAGUUAUUGGAUAUUGGGAGAGAGCUAGGUUUGGGGAUGAGUGUGGAUGGGUUCUGA